UUAACCUAACAUUGUACACAUCCAAACAGAGUUACAGAAAGAUACCAAUCAUGCAUAUAUUCCUAGUGCCGGCCUUUUCCUGCCAUUCACAUUCAAAGUAACACACACAAAUAUAUAUAUAUAUACACACGCACAUCCCAUUCAUACGGUUCAACAUGUCCUUUCCAAUCUCCAUCAAAACCACUUUCUUUCAAUUCAAAAAGCCCAACUUUUUUUCUUUGUUCUUCCUAUUCACGUUCUUACUAUUAUCAUUCACAACCAUGACCGUAACGUCCCAAACUUCACCACCGGACUCGGGCCCUGUGGUCCCCACAAUCCCGCUAGUCAACUUCCUCGAACUCGUCCAAGAGACCGCACUCACCGCCUUCGGCCACAAAAACUUCGACCCGAAACUCUACGUCGACGUGUCCUUGAAAUUCAAUCUCUCGGCCACUAAAGAUGCGUUUCACAAGUUGCCGAAGACCGACAACGGUUCGGUUUCGGCCGGUGAUUUGAAGGGGUUUAUUGCGGAGUACUUGAAUGGAGCGGAGGAGGACUUGGUUUAUGCUGAACCGGUGGACUUUGUGGCCGAGCCGGAAGGGUUUUUGGCCAAAGUGGAGAACCGGGUAGUGAGGGAUUGGGCAUUAGAGGUUCAUUCGCUUUGGAAGAGUUUGAGCCGGAAAGUUUCGGACCGGGUUUUGGAGAAGCCGGAAUUACAUACUCUGCUUCCUCUGCCUAAGCCGGUUAUGAUACCAGGAUCGAGGUUCCGGGAGGUUUAUUAUUGGGAUUCGUACUGGGUAAUAAGGGGCUUGUUAGCAAGUAAAAUGUAUGAGAGUGCAAAAGGAAUCGUGAUUAAUCUCAUUUCCCUUAUAAACGAAUUUGGACACGUUCUUAAUGGUGCAAGGGCAUAUUACACUAAUAGGAGCCAGCCACCCCUCCUAAGUUCUAUGGUUUAUGACAUCUACGAUAGGACCGGUGAUAUGGACUUUGUUAGGAAAUCUCUCCCUGCCUUGGUCAAAGAACACAGAUUUUGGAAUACAGGAAUACAUAAGGUGACCAUUCAGGAUGCUCAAGGAUGCAAUCAUACUUUAAAUCGGUACUAUGCAAUGUGGAACGAACCCAGACCAGAAUCUUCAACUAUUGACAGGGAAACUGCUAGCAAGCUCUCAAGCGUUUCUCAGAAGCAGCAUCUUUAUCGAGAACUGGCUUCAGCAGCUGAAUCUGGAUGGGAUUUCAGUACAAGAUGGAUGAGGAAUGCAUCCGAUCUCACGACAUUGGCUACAACAUCAAUUUUACCUGUGGAUUUGAACGCAAUCAUACUCAAGAUGGAACUUGACAUAGCCUUCUUGGCAAACUGUAUUGGAGAGAGUAGCAUUGCUCAACGUUUUAGCGAAGCUUCUCAAGCAAGACAAAAGGCAAUGCACUCUGUUUUCUGGAAUGCAGAGAUGGGACAGUGGCUUGAUUAUUGGCUUAGCAGUAGCACUUCAUGCAAGGAUUCUUACACAUGGGAAGCUUCAAAUCAGAAUAAGAAUGUAUUUGCUUCAAACUUUGUUCCCUUGUGGAUUGGGUUGUUUAAUUCAGAUGUUUCGCUGGUGGAGAAAGUUACUCAAAGUCUCAAAUAUUCGGGCCUGGUCCAUGCUGCUGGGAUUGCAACUUCUUUGACAAAUUCAGGACAACAAUGGGACUUUCCCAAUGGUUGGGCGCCGCUUCAGCACAUGAUAGUUGAAGGUUUGGUAAGAUCUGGAUCCAAAGAAGCAAGAUCAUUCGGAGAAGACAUUGCUAUUAGGUGGACCAGAACCAAUUAUGUUGCUUACAAGAAAACGGGUACAAUGCAUGAGAAAUACGACGUCAAAAAAUGUGGAGAAUUUGGAGGUGGAGGUGAAUACGUACCUCAAACGGGCUUUGGGUGGUCGAAUGGAGUUGUAUUGGCAUUCUUGGAGGAGUUUGGAUGGCCUAAGGACCUGAAGAUCGAUUGCUAGCGAGCUAGGGAAUUGAAGACAUGCCUUCAGACAUAUUUGAAUUAUAUAACAGAUUUCAGUUUCACGCAGAAGAUUAAAAAAAAAUAAUAAUUAAAAAAAAAAAAAAUUAUUUAUAGAGCAGGGUUUCCAAUUGCAACCCAAAAACAAGUGGGGAAUUUCUGCAUCAUAUAGAUAGAUAUAGGAUCUAUGGGGCAAUUAUUUAGAAAUACAUUUUCUGCAACAGCCCUUGAUUGAAAAGGAUCCCAUGAUCCUGAACUGAUCUUACCUAGGAUCGCAAAUCCCAAGUUUGUCUAUGAAGAAUGGAUCUUGUGUUUGUGUCUAUAAUUGAUUUAUUGAUUUCUUC